ACUCUGCUUCCUAAUUAAAGCCUCAGAUAACGAAAGGCAGAGCGAGGAGAGACAGAGAGACAUCAGUGGACACAAAGCUUUAUUUCAUACUUGGACAAAGAUGGCACAGACGGACGGCAGACGUGAAUAAUCCACUUCUUUUCAGAAGUCGCGACUAAAAACUGCAGCCCAUUGAAACGACGUGUGUCUUUAAAUCACUUUCACACAGCCACCUCUGCUCCUCGGCCUUCAGGCUGAAGGUGAGAGGAGAAGCCCCGAGAGACGUCGCAGCCCCCAAAAAUAGUCACUUCUUAGCCAACGACGGCGACAACGACGGGACGAGGACUGGAGGACAAACAGAGUUGACAGACAGACAGACUGAAGGGAAGGACAAAUGACGGAAUGCGGAGUGAGAAGUCUUGAAGGUGAAGAAGCUGAGAUGAUCCCAGAGGAACCCAAGCCAAUCCUGCUCUGCCAAAACUAGCCUUCAAAGGUUCAUGAUGGGAUUACAUCGAGUCUCCAGCGUCACUGCAGACGCUAACCACGCCAACACCUCUGGCACCCUGCCCAGCUCGUCGCUCCAUUGGUCGUCCUGCAGUAUCGAUGAAUCCUACAAGUACGUCUUCCUGCCCGUCUGCUACUCACUGACGUUCCUCUUCAGCCUCACGCUCAACUCGGUGGUGCUGCUGCGCUCCUGCCGCCACCAUGGCGGCUGCUGCGGCACUGGCGGCCGGCGCUGGAACACGUCACUGAUCUACAUGGUGAACCUGGCCACCACGGACCUGAUGUACGGACUGUCGCUGCCGUUUCUGGUGGCGAGCUACAUGCUGAGGGACAGCUGGGUGUUCGGGGACUUCAUGUGCCGCCUUGUGCGCUUCCUCUUCUACUUUAACCUCUACUGCUCCAUCUUCUUCCUCACCUGCAUCUCUGUGCACAGGUACUUGGGGAUUUGCCAUCCGAUGAGGACCAUCACUCUGGAGAGCAAGCGGGUGGUGAAGGGGACCUGCGCAUUGGUGUGGGUGGUGGUUUUCAUUCUCACCUGCCCCAUCUUCAGGUUCGCUCAGACGGGAUACAUCAGGCGCAGAGGCAGCAGAGUCCCUGGAUCUGAAGGAGAAGGAGACGGUGGGAAUACGACAGCGGAACAGGACGGGGAAGGAUACGUGAACUGCUGGGACGAUGCCAUCGAUAAGGAGUUUGCAGACUACGUACCAUACGGAAUUGUCCUCCAUCUGCUGGGCUUCUUCGUGCCCUUCGUCAUUAUUGCGUGGUGCUACUCUCAGGUGGUCAGGACCAUAUUUCAGACCCUGCGCUCUCCUCCCAGCUCGAUAGCGGGUGGUGAUGACUGUCAUGUGGGGGACGGACCAACAGAGGGAGUAAGAGAUCGGGAUAGAACCUCGGUUUCCAUCUCAGGCUCGCAGUACUCCCACUACAUCCGCCGCCGGCGGAAAUCCAUCAAGACCAUCGUGACCAUCACGCUGCUGUUUGCGCUCUGCUUUUUGCCCUUCCAUGUGACACGGACGCUGUUCCUGCUCCUGCGGCGCGGGCAGCUCGGAGGCUGCAAUGUCAUGAAGACCGUUUCCAUCUGCUACAAGGUCACGCGUCCGCUAGCCUCCUGCAACGCCUGGCUCAACGCCCUCCUAUAUUUCCUGACAGGAGAUAAGGGCGCCCCCUGCUGCUGGCCUGCAGAAAACACUGUCCGUCAAGACCACCGGAGUGGCUCCCUCUGGUGGCCACUGAAGCUCCUAAAGAAGGAGGCGAUGGGGGAGGACGACCAGGAGGCGGCAGAGAAGGUUGAAAGGGAAGUACACAUGGAGAACGAGUCCAAGUCUUCAAGAGUCAUCUUCUAAGACUUUUUAUAAAACAUGCAGUGACAUCACAAGUCGUUUGACUGGCUCACAUGAACUACACGGACUACAUCUUCUCUCUAAAUCUGUGUUUCCAUCACGGUAUGGUUCGUUUCGGUACAGUACGCGAGGGUACGGUUUGGAAUGGUAAAGUUCUAGGUCAGGCUUGUGUAGGCCUUGUGUCCGAAGGCCGCGUAGCAUGACGUUACACCAAUGACAAUAUGGAACACCACACAACAGACAACAAUGGGGGACAUCCAGCAGCUUUUUUUUUGUCCUGCUCAA